AGGAGGUAUUUGGAUCCUCUUUGUAUUUGUGCGGUGUGUGUUGCAUGUUAGAACAAGUUCGUGAGGUUUUGGUUUCCAAAGGGCUCUACCCAGACCUCGCACGGUCCUCGGAGGUGGUGGCGCCGGUGGAGGAGGUGGUGGGGGCUACUGGGGCGCCGGCAGUCGCCCCGCCAGUCCUGGGGGCGGCGACCUCAGCGACAUCUCUUCAGUGAUGCCAUCGCGUCCUAAGAGCCGAGCGGAACAGUCUACCUCGGCCAAGUACAACAACCUCAACUACUGGAGAGCUAGGAAAGUUACCUUCUACAAGAAUGGAGACCCUUACUUCCCCGGACUGGAGUUCCGGUUUAAGCCCGGUCGUGACGUCACUUCCCUGGAGGCCCUCCUGGACAAGUUGUCGCUCCGGAUGGACCUUCCCCGAGGCGCCAGGUUCAUCUUUACCAUGGACGGCCUCCGGAUCAUCACCUUGGACGAACUGGACGACGGAGGAUACUUCGUCGUCUCCUCCUACAAGACUUUCAAGAAUGCAAGCUACGGCAAGAAGAACGGAACGUGGUACGCUGGACCAGCUGCACCCCCAGCUUCUUCUCCAGGCUGGGCGAAGCCUCUGAGUCGCAAGGCGUCGCUGGUGGAGAGCGAAGCACCGCCGCCGGGCGGAGGGAACGGACCAAUGACGCCGCACAAGCCAAGCUCUGGAAGAGUCAUCAGGAUAAUAAACCAUAUGGACCACACCGUACAGUGUCGGGUUUUGCUCAACUUAAGAACUACACAGCCGUUUGAAGAGGUACUAGAAGAUUUGGGGCAGGUCCUCAAAAUGAAUGGUGCCAAAAGAAUGUACACUGUGUCUGGACAAGAGGUCCGGAGUUUCUCCCAGUUGCGGAACGAGUUCUCGGACGUGGACACGUUCUACCUAGGCACGGGUCACGUGGGGUCACCGGUGAGGAGGUCGAGGUCCCGGGGGGCGCUGGUCGCUCCUAUAGGGGUCGUAGAGAACCACAUCCCCAACGGCGAGACCAAGAGAAGGUCCAGGAGUAAGAGUAGACCUAGAGCGUUGUACGACACAGAAGUGGUGCGAGGAACUGACUACACACUGCUAGAAGUUCUAAAAGAGGAGCCAGUCAGGGUGACAAUCAGAGGGAUGAGGAGGACCUUCUACCCUCCUCUACAUCACCCUCCUCCAGACAACUCGCCUCCAGAGAAAAGACUCGUGCUGGACUGGGUGUACGGGUACCGAGGGACGGACUCCCGGAGGAACCUGUGGGUGUUGCCGACCGGGGAACUGCUGUACUACGUGGCUGCUGUGGCGGUCCUGUACGACCGUGACGAGGAGGUUCAGAGGCAUUACACGGGACACACGGAGGAUAUACAGUGCAUGGAUCUGCACCCCUCUAGGGAGAUGGUCGGGUCCGGCCAACGUGCUGGUCGCAACCGCAAGACACAGGCCCACAUACGUAUCUGGAGCACGGAGACACUACUCACCCUGUAUGUAUUCGGUAUGGGAGAGUUCGAGGUGGGGGUGUCUGCCGUGGCCUUCUCUCAACUUAACGGAGGAAGCUACGUGUUGGCUGUAGACGCUGGAAGGGAGAGAAUACUAAGCGUGUGGCAAUGGCAGUGGGGACAUCUUCUGGGUAAAGUUGCUACUCUUCAAGAAGACUUAACAGGUGCUGCAUUUCAUCCUCUUGAUGACAACCUCCUCAUUACCCACGGCAAAGGACAUCUCACAUUCUGGACAAGACGGAAGGAUGGCUUCUUUGAGAGAACGGACAUCAUCAAGCCUCCAUCCCGGACUCAGAUCACUUGUCUUCAGUUCGAGCAGGACGGUGACGUAGUGACAGCUGAUAGUGACGGCUUUGUGACGGUCUACAGUGUUGACAGCGACGGGGCGUACUUUGUGCGAAUGGAGUUUGAGGCCCACAAUAAAAGUAUUGGAUCACUCGUGAUGCUGUCAGAAGGUACUCUGCUGAGCGGGGGAGAAAAAGAUAGAAAGAUUAUUGCGUGGGACUCGUUACAAAACUACAAAAAGAUCACAGAAACUAAAUUACCCGAGAGUUCCGGUGGAGUCCGCACCAUUUACCCUCAGAGACCAGGACGUAACGAUGGCAACAUCUACGUGGGGACGACCAAGAACCACAUUCUAGAGGGCAGUCUGCAGAGGAGGUUCAAUCAGGUAGUGUUCGGCCACAGCAGACAGCUGUGGGGGGUGGCUGUGCACCCUGAUGAUGAACUGUUUGCUACAGCUGGUCAUGACAAAAACAUCGCACUUUGGAGGAAGCACAAACCAGUAUGGACGUCACAGGUGGCCUUCGAAUGUGUCAGCCUGAGUUUUCACCCGUUCGGUGUAGCGCUAGCAGCAGGCUCCACUGAAGGACAUCUUGUAGUCCUGAACGCGGAGACGGGAGCUGUAGUCGCCACCGUCAGAGUGUGCGGGUCCCCUCUCAGCUGUUUGGGAUACAACCCGGCCGGUGACAUGGUCGCCAUCGGGUCCCAGAACGGGAGUGUCUACCUGUUCAGGGUCAGCAGAGACGGAUACUCGUACAAGAAGAGCAACAAGAUCAGAGGAUCGCAGCCCCUCACACAGCUGGACUGGAGCACGGACGGCAACUUUCUACAAACAGUGACUGCUGACUACGACCUCACCUUUUGGGACCUGAAGAAUCUGUCGGUAGAGAAGAGUGCGGUGGCUAUGAAAGAUGUUAAGUGGCACACACAUAACGCCACUGUUGGAUUCCUUGUAGCAGGUAUAUGGAACAACCGGUACUACCCCAUGACUUCCAUGGUGACGACGGUCAACAGAUCAGCCGCGCAUGAUCUUCUGGUGGCUGGGGACGCUGAGGGGUACAUCAGACUGUUCAGAUAUCCUUGUCUCAGCCCAAAAGCGGAGUACAAUGAAGAGAAGGUGUACAGUCUAGUCGUGGCCGCCGCCAAAUUUCUCUUCAACGAUCGCAACAUCGUCACAGUGGGAGGCACAGACGCUUCCCUCAUGUUGUGGGAACUGGUCGACGAUUGAGUGAAAACAACUACCAUUACUAUAAUGGACAAACUGAACUGUGACCACUAGAGAGAUAUCUCACUUCAUUAAGGGAAGAUUGGCGAAAUAAUCUAUUCGAAUACAAAAAAAGCUAGAUCUUAAUUUCAUUAAAAUAUCAUAGACUGUAAACUCUGGAAUUCUUGAAAGAUAUUAUUUUUCUUAUAAUCCAAGUAAACAGUCAGCAGAGAAAUAACCAAGAAGAAAAUAAACGAAAUUGGAGCUUCAAUUAACUCAUCAACCACCAGAAUUGAAUGAUAUGACAAAUUUCGGCCAGCAAUGUUUGGUUUACAAUCCUUUUCAUAUACUUAAAACCUGGUUGAUGACAAGUUCCAUUUCAACGACACCGGAGCAUGACUGAUGGUUUGAAACCGUCUAAACAUAAUAAUGUAACAAGUUACCUUCAAGU